GAGCAUCUGUUUGUUAUUUCUUUCUGUCGUAUCCAAAUAAAUAGAGACAGAUAGCUAAGUACAAGUCGCAACCUGUUCACUUCUCGGCUUCUACUCCGUUGUUGUUUACCAAAAUAUGUUAAAUGUCAUGUCAUUUCCCAGUUUGAAGUUUUCGGUUUCGCGUGUCGGUAGCCCCAUGCGUAUUGCAAAUAAUUUAGCUAAAGACGAAUUAUUAUUUAUAUGCUAUAGUAAGUCCUGUAUAAAACCCUCUCCGACUGGGCUUCAUUAUGGACAGACUCGUUUUAUCAUAAGUUUCGCGAAGUUGUGCAGUGGUGUAGAUAAGUUCUGUAACCGAGAGGGUUUAGUUUAAUUAUCCAGUGUAUUGUGUUUUUCCCAAUCACAUGUGCAUACCGGAGCUUAAUUGCAUGCCAGAGACAGUUGUGACUUGAUUGGACAGGAACAAAUUAUAGACUCAAAAAUGUUGAGAACGCUGCUGGUGCUAUGUGCAGCGGCGCUGUGCUUGCCGGUGCAUGGCCAGCCGGUGUCCUGCAAGGAAGAGGGGCACUGCUACGAAGGCUACUACUGCGAGACCGGCACAGAAAUCUGCCGGGAGUGCCUCUCUUGCGAGGACCUCAAGAGGGAACCCCCUCUCGCGGCCAUUAAAUGCAUCAAAUCCGUCGCGGAAUGCGGCUCCUGUUUCAAGGGGUUAGUACACUGGCUGGUGGUGGACCCGCGGGGGAACGUGAACGCGGAGUGCGUGCCCCCUGACACUUCAGACCUGGAGGGAACGCCCUCCUACGUGUGGCUACUCAUCAGCAUCGCAAUACUGCUGUUCUUAGUGGUCGUCGUGGGCAUUAUCGUAUAUCUACUUCGCUAUCCCGAGAUCUUUAAGACCGCCGGUUCGAACCAGUCUAGUACCGUGACGGCGCGCAUCACGGCGACCGCUCCCGAAGCACCUCCGCCCUACAACCCGCUGCCGCAGGCGCCAUAUCUUUCACCAGCUUAUACUGAUCUCGAGCCAACAUCUUAUAAUGAAGAUGAACAGUUCAUCAAGCACUCGCCGUCCCCACGGCCGCAAGAUUCGCGGGAGUCUGCGGGUAACCAGGCCGCCAGGGUCUACGAGAAACCCAUUUACGAACGGGAAUUGCCACCUCCAAGCCCUGAGUCUCCUCUGCCGGAAUAUACUGAGACGGAGACUAUGACCGUGCCUGUCAAGGAUGAGGACACGAUUCCUAGCCCGUGGACACCCGGCGGCUCCACCAGUAAUGGAGAUGUCAAUGCCAACGUGGUGGGCGCGAGCAGCUCGGGCGGCACGGCGGGAGCGGCGGGCGAGGCGGGCGCGGCGCUGCCGGCGCUGCUGGCGGCGGCGCGCAGCACCACGCUCAUCGAGCCCUCGCCCGCCAAGCGCCUCUGUGUGCGAUGGGAUUCUGUCAACAACCGAAAUCGUGAGAACAACUCGUGCAGCGACAGCAGUCAGAGCAGUCACCCGCGGUCACCAUCUCCCAGCCAAGGCGGGCCGCCAUACAGCUUCAUCACGCAGAUCACAAAUGUGGUGCAAAUUAACACCAACAAGUAACGCCACUCCGCCUUGUACUCGACCUAAGUACGACUCAUGUCGACUGGUGCUCGUUGUAGUCAAAUGAAUCCUAUGUACUUUGUAAAAUAAUAGUUAAAGUUACUAGAUACUUAAAACGCCGUGCACCUCUCCUUGUCAGUUGUACUUAACUGUGCUAAAUGUAAUUUAUAGGAAAUGACUUAUUUUCGAAUGGCUAUUUUACACGAAGUCGUCAGUCAUUACAAAGUUUAAUCAGCAAAUAUUUAAUUUUGCUGUUUGCUGUACCAUGUUGUUGUAGAAAGCCAUACUAGUCUGUAUAAUACGGCGUUUUCCUCUGAGGAACGCGUCAUUUAUCAUUUAAAGUUAGCCUUAUUGUCGUUAUAAUGUAACAAUUUGUGUCAUUUCAAUAUUUUAGUUUAUUAUAAAAAAAAACAAAAAAUUUUCAGAAAAAGUAAAAAAAACGACAUUUAGCAGUAGGUAGGUAUGUAUAUCAAUGCUAGAUUGAUAUUUAUAAGGUGCCUUGUAAGGAUUCUUACCCAAUUUACUGUGAUGUAGUUUUAUAUGCGUAUAUUUGUGCGUAUAGAAAUUCAUGUUCGAGAUCUGUGCGAUCAAUUCAUGAUCUCAGCAAUAUAAUGUAAUGAAAAUCUUACUAACGCUAACUGUUGGUUGCUUAAACGAUCGAGAGAGAGAGAGAAAAGACAUUAUUUAUACUUGCUUGCUCAAGUUAAAUUAAUUUAGAAAAUAUUUGGAUCUUUUGCUACAAGUCGUUUAAGAAACUAUACUUGUAAGAUUUUGUAGGUGUGAUUCAGAUGUGUACGAAUAUAAGGUGUUUGUUCGGCUUUAGAAAUUGAAAUGCGUUGGGCUCAAAAUACCACUGAAUAAUUUAGCUCUUGAAAUUAAUAUACAUAUAAUGUAAUAGUUUAUUUCGCAUAAUAUCUAAAUAUAAGCUUUGAAGGCUUAAAAGUUAUCAAGAUACAAUGUUUUGGAAAUAGUUAAUUCUAUUAGAGAAAUGUUGUAAAAAUGAAGUUCCUUUAGUUGUCGGCAAAUUUAAUUAAAUCCAAUAUAAUUCAGAAUAAAUGCGAAAGAGCUACCUCAUGGUCGUUGCCGUUUCGUCGACACGCGUCAUUUAAACAUUCCAAUUUUUUUCGUAUUUGUACAAGCUAAGUUUCAAUACCCUUUGGCAAAAGUUAUAAUCCUCCGAGAUGUUGUCCUGACGUGCGUAAGUCAUAAAAUGCCAAUGACCAUGAGGCACUAUGUCUUGUGGAUUAACACAAAUAUUUUUUAUUAUAUAAAUAAAUAUACAUAGGUAUAUCAAUUUUAAAGAAAGAACGUGUGUGCCGUGUUAACAGUUGUGAUAAUAUAGUUUAAAUUGCAAUUUUUAUUGCCCUAUUGCGCAAAGAAACAUUUUACAGUUUGUGGAACUAGCAAUAAAUCGAAUUUUAAAAAGAUAUAAUUGAUUAUAAUUACUUGCAAAAAUCAGACAGAUAUUGAAGCAAUCGAAUAGAUCGUUAAAUCUACUCUGUUUGAAUUUAAAAUUACAAUAAAUAUUUUGAUGUUACUGAGCAUUUUAUAUUGGUGUGAUGUACAGAAUUUAAAACUGCAUUAUUUUAUACCUUGGAGAAUGCAAACAUAAUUGAGUUUUGAUUACGUCUGUUGAUUUUAGAUCAGAUUUUCAUCGUUAUAAUUUUUUUAGCAUUUAUCUGAAACCAGUGUGGGUAACUAAUAUCUUAUGUUAAAGUAUUCGAGUGUGCAACGUAAAUUGCUUCCAAUUAUUAUUUUAGUUAAUUUGUUUUGCAUGUUUUAUUCUUUUACGAUUCAUAAGUGUGUUAUAUUUCUAGUGAAUUACUUCAGUAUGUUAAAUGUGCAAAAUAUUUUUUUUAAUACUACGCUAGUUGUACUAUACUGUUCAGUAAUGUCCCAUUACCUAAUAUGUAUUGCAUUUGUUAUUUAAUAUUUUACUAUCAAGUUUGUAUAAAACGAUUUUUAAAUACGAAUAGCACUCUUAAUUUCACUGCCUGAUUCUUUUAUAUUUUAUAUAAUGCUCAUAUUUACUUAGAUAUGUGUAUAACUGAAAGCUGUGAAGCACUUAUUAAAGUUACACACUGUUUUGUUAAUUUUUACGUUAAGUCAUUAAUGAACUGUUGUCUCACUAUUCAUUAAUGAGUUAAAUGAGAUUUAAGUUUCUUGUGAAUAAAGUUAUAUGUACAUAAA